AUGAGCGAGGCGUGGAAGACGGUGAAACCGUACGUCAACGGUGGGCUCAGUGGCAUGGGGGCGACGUGCGUGAUUCAACCCCUGGAUAUCGUCAAGGUGCGGUUGCAGCUCGGGUCGACGAGCGGGCCGAUCGGCACCGCGGCGGGCAUCAUCAAGAACGAGGGGUUCGGUGCGUUGUACACGGGUUUGUCCGCGGGUUUGUUGCGUCAGGCGACGUAUACGACGGCUCGAUUGGGUCUGCACCAGAACUUUGUGGACAUGCUGAAGAAGCAGAACGACGGGGCGAAUUUGAGCCUGGCGCAAAAGGCUGGCGCCGGUUUGGCGGCGGGCGGUCUCGGCGCGCUCGUGGGUUCGCCCGCGGAUUUGUCCUUGAUUCGCAUGCAAGCCGAUGGGACGCUUCCGGCGGAUCAGCGACGUAACUACCGAGGCGUCGGACACGCGCUCAUGGACAUUGUGAAGAAGGAUGGCGUCGGCGGCUUGUUUGUCGGCGCCGGGACGACGUCCAUUCGCGCCAUGGCGCUCAACAUGGGUAUGCUCGCCUCGAACGACCAAGCGAAGGAAAUGAUGGCGGCGAACAAUAUCACCGGUUUCCCAGCCACCGUCGGCGCCGCCUCCAUCGCCGGUUUCUUCGCCAGUUUCUUCUCCCUCCCGUUUGACUACGUCAAGACGCAGCUGCAAAAGCAAAAGCCGGGUCCGGAUGGCAAGAUGCCGUUCUCCGGUUUCUUGGACUGCUGCGGGAAGACCAUGGCGGAGGGUGGUCCGCUCAAGUUCUACACCGGUUUCCCGACCUACUACGUGCGCAUCGCUCCGCACGCCAUGAUCACCCUGAUGGUUCUCGACGCCAUCAAACAGUUCCAAGCGGACAACGGGCUCUAA